CACACACGGAACACGGGCGUCGUUGGCUUUUCGCAAACGCUGUCAUAUAAUGGGUGCCGACCAAUACUGCUCAAUGCCAUAUCUACAAAGAUCAACAUAUGAUACUUAAUACGAUGUCUGCAGCGCGUUCAGAGAGGCGACUCGUCCUGAGAACGCCGCAACUCUGGUAUAGCUGAAAACGAUGUUAUGCCUAGCGUGCUGUUUUCGAGCUUCAGAACACGCGAACGAGGCACAGCCAGCAAAGUAUCCCGUGUCGACUGAAGUCGAGCGCCGCUCGUGGGUUCAAGCUCUCCAACGAGCGCAGAAGUCUGUGCUAGAUCUGCAAGACACGUCCUGGCUUGUCCGACUCAGGAAUGCCUCGGUCGCAGCGGGUGAUGCGCUAGGCGUGGACCGGGUUUGGGCUUAUGGCCACUGCCCGCACCGCGAGGCACGCCCCGCCGGCAGCGCACGGGGCCGCAGCUGGCGGCGGCGGCAACGCUGGCGCCGGCGGCGCCGGUACCAGCGGCAGCGCCAGCGGCGGCGGUGGCGGCGCCGGCAACUUCACGAGCGGGCCGGCAGCGCCGCGGGGUGUGCUUGUGGCGGACUGCGAGCCGCCGCCGCCGGCGCUGCUGCUGCUGCCGGUGCACACCAUGCACGACAUAGCUUGCGGCAACAGCGCCGGCGACGCCCAGGGUCAGGGGCUGCGGUUCCAGUCCUUGGACGGCGGCGCCGGCGAUGGUGGCGGCGGCGCCGCCGCCGCCGCUCAGGAAGCGGCGUCGGGGACCGCAGCAGUGGAGGCGGCACUCGGGGCGGCGGCGGCGGGUCAGGAGGACUGGGGGCGGGGGCAAGCUCAGGAGCAGGGUGUAGGCACGGGAACGGACUCGGCAUCGGGCAUGGGGCCGGGGCCGGGCAGGGCGCUGAGCAUCAGCCCCCUGGCGGCGGCGGGCACGGCAGAACCAGGCGGCAGCGGCACCAGCACGAGCGCCGCCGGGCGGUACGGCGGCGCCACGUGUCAGCUGGCUCUGAUCAUCACGCAGGGACGUACCCGCGUGGGGGCCCUGUUGCUGGAGGGCGGCCCCGCGCUCCUGGGCAUUGCCGCCGCCUUCGCCUCCGCCAACACAGCCGGCAUGCUGCAACUGCCUCACACCGUACUGGCGGCGGGCGGCGCCUGCGCCGGCGGGUACGGUGGCGGCGGGUACGGCGGCGGCAGCAUGGAUGGGGACACGGUGGUUGGCGGCGGCAGCCGGCGGACUAGCCCUGGGGGGUCGGCGGAGGCGGAGGUGGCGGCGGCGGAGGUGGCGGCGGUGCAGCAGCUGGCGGCGGUGGUGGGGCAGGUGUGCUGGGGGCCGGUGACGGCCGCGGCAGCGGCGGCGGCGGCGGAGGGCGUGGUCACGCUGGCGGCCGCGGCCAGCCUGAGUCAGGCGGCGGUGUGCAUGUCGGGCUGCCUGGAGGCGGCGGCGCUGCAGGCGGCGCGGCUACAACCGGUGUGCCACGUGGCCGUCGUACACGGCAGUGGCGGCGCCGCCGCGCUCUUUGAGGACGUUAGCAAAGCCUCACUGCCGCUAAUGCUACAGCAUGCCGCCCACGCCGCCACCAGCAAUCACAACGUCACGAACACCAACAUUACUAGCAGCCUGGGGCACGGCGGCGGCGGCGGCAGCGGGGCGCACGGGCUGUCACCUGCGCUGGUGCCCGCCACCGCCUCCGCUGCUGUAGCCGGCGUCAGCGUCAGCCAUGUGCAGCUGUUGUUGGGCGGCGGCGGCACUGGCACUGGCACUGGCACGGGCACUGGCGGCGGCGGCGGCAGUGGCAGUGGCUUCUGGGGCGGCUUGCGUGCAAGCCACCAGGUUGGCAGCCGACCCACAUCGGCACAGACGCCACGGCUUGAGCAGGCAGGAGCAAGCAGCGGCGGCGGCGGAGGAGGCGGCGGCAGCAGCGGCACUGGUGGCAGCCGCAUGGGCGGGAGCGGCGACACGGCCGUAAUGGGUACCGCGGGACUGCCCGUUAUUGCGCACGUGCUCACCACGCAGCACACACUGCUGGACCGCGUUCUGAGCCACCUGCUAGGCCGGCCCGGCGGCGGCGGCGGCGGCGGCGGCACCAGCAGUGGCAUGCUGCCGCCAGGCAGCGGCGGUGGCGGCGGAACUGUGACGGCUAGCGCGCACGUGUCCCUGUCCAGCAUCGGGACCAUUGGCGGCGGGACGCAGCGCACCGUGUCGACCCGUGGGCCGCGGAUGGCGGCGGCGGCGGCGGCGAUGGCGGCGGCGCAGCUGCCGGAGCGUGUGCCGCCGCUGCUGCCUGGGCUCGGCGGCUCGCUGCAGGCGCUGGGACGCGGCGGCGGCGCCGCCGCCGCCGCCGCCAGUGGCGCUACAUCGACCGGGGCGCGGACGCUGCCCAUGCCGCCGUCGCAGCUGGCGCUGCUGCUGCCGCCGGGCUCGUCGUGUGUGUGGGUCCCGGUGCAGUCGGCUAUGGUGGUGCCGGAUGUGUCGCUGUAUGUCCAGGAGCCGGCCAACGCCGUCAAGGAUUUGCUCAUCUGGCAGAACCGGGCGGCGGCGCGGCCGCAGGCGCUGGCGCUGGUGGCGUGCUCGCUGCAGCUAAAGGCGGUGGUGGCGCCAGGCGCAGCAGCGGCUGCAGCAGCCGCGCCGGCAGUGGCUGCUACUGCCGGAGGCGCUGCCGGCAGCAACACCGGCAGCAGUGGAAGUGGCGGCGGCGGCGGCGGCGCGGGCCUGACGCUGGCGGUGUAUGCCCAGCUGAGCACGGGGCCCCUGCCCCACGUGUUCCUGACCCACAUGGCCGCGGCGCUGGAGCCCGUACUGCAGCUGCUGGCGGCGGUGCUGCAGCAGCGGCUGCGGCACUGCCGGCCGCUGGCAGAGGAGUGGGCGCUGCUGCACGACCAAGUGCUGGGGGAGGUGCUGGCGCGGGAGGGGCAGGCAGCAGCGGCGGCAGCACACGCCGUCAGUCCCGCCGUAGCCGCAUGGUUCGCCGGCGCCGCAGCCGGCUUCAAUGCGGCGGCGCCGCAGCCGCCGCACUCGGCGCACGCAGUUGCCGGCAGUAGCAGCUUGCCGUUGCCUAUCUCUGCCAGCAGCUCACGGCGCCGGCGACCGCCGCGCGCCUUGUUAGGCUCGCCGGCAGUAGCGGAGGCGGUGGCCGCGGCCGCGGCGGCUGGCUCGAAGUCUGGGAGCGGCGGCGCGGCCGCGGGCCGCGGCGCCGCCGGUGGCACAAACGCGAUCGUGAGUGUUGUCAGCGCGCGGACGGAGGCGACGGAGGCGAGCGCAGGCACAGCGGCACUGGAGCUGGCGCGGUUGCCAGCGGAUGACUCGGGCGGCGCGGGUGCGGCGGCGGCAGCCGCUAUGGCUGCUACUGCCACGCCCACGGCUACUGCCGCCGCGGGCGGGCACCUGCUAGGGGGGUAUCAGCCAUCGCGUCUGUCCGGCACUGGCACCCCCGCGCCUUCAAACGCAGCGGCAGCGGCAGCGGUACCGUACGCCGUGCGGCGGUCCGGCGCGGGCGCGGGGGCCGCCGCUGCCGUCGCCGCCUCCGGGUCACUGCUCCCCAGCACACAUGCGCUUGCUAGCAUCGGCACGUACGGCGGCACGGGCAGCGGCACGCACGGCGUCCGUGUGAUGGCUGCAGGGGCUGUAGCGGCGUCGGCGGCAGUAGCAGGCUCGGGCCCGGGCCUGGGCCCUGCAGAGCUGUCAGUGGGUGUCAGCUAUGUGCGUGGCAACCUGUUGCGGCCGCUGCUGAGCAGUGUGCAGGGCGUGCUGGCGUCAGUCGCCAGCGGCGCCGCCGGCCAGGCGCACAGCACUGUGGGGAGCGAUGCGGCGUUGGUGAUGGCGGCGGCGAUGGCGGCGCAGGCGGCGGACAUGAGCGGGCACGGCAGCGGCGCCGCGGCACCCCUGGCGGAGCUCACACACAAGAUCGGCCAGGGCGCGUUCGGCUGUGUGUACAUCGGCAGCUGGCAGGGCGUCAACGUGGCCAUCAAGGUGUUCCCCGCCUUUGCCGGCCGCAGCCCCGCCGGUCUGCCCGCCGCCCGGGCGCCGCCGCUCCUGGGCGCCGCCGCUGCCUCCCCGCCGCAUCACCACGCCGGCACCUCGGCCACACUGCUGCGAGCGGACACGCCGCCGCGGCAACCAGGCGCAGAGCCCGGAUCCGGCGGUGUCAUCGCGAUGGGCCGCGGCGGCGGCGCCGCCGCCGGCGGUACCGCGAGCUACGGCGUGGGUGAGGGGGCCCCGGGUGACGUGGUUUCGGCCGCCGCUGCCGCGGCGUGGCCGCUCGCAGCAGCGGGAAGGACGGGCGGUGGCGAAGGCGGCGGCGGCGGCGGGUCUGCCAGGGCUUCGAGGAGCGGCAUGGCGCCGCCACGCGCCGCGUCCAAUCCACACAUGUUUGGGCUGGGCGCGGGGGCGGCGGCGGCGGCGGCGCCACUGCAGGAGGACGAGGCGGCGGUGGUGGCGGCGCGGUGGCAGUCCGUGCGUGAUGCGUUCGAACUGGCGGCGUUGCGCGUGGUCAGCCAUCCCAACAUCGUACAGGUGUUCGCGACCUUCCCGGACGUAGCCAUGCAGCCCAUGGACCUCGACAACGGCGGCGGCAAGGCGCCCGAAGCCGGCGGCUGCGGUGCUACAGCCGGCGGCGGUCUAGUUGAACUCCCAGCGGUGCUACUGCCACAGCCUCAGGAGCUGCCCCUCGGCGCACUGCUGUCCAGCGCCGUAGCGCGCCGCCUCGGUCGCGGUGGCGGCGGCGGCGGCGGCGGCGGGACUGGCGGCGAGCGCACCUCGCGCUCAACAGUGAUGACGACACUGCCGCUGGCUGAGGAGGGGGUGGCGGCGAUCGGAACCGGCGGCUGCGGCGGCGGCGGCCACGGGGCCUGGCCGGCGUGUGACCUGGAUGACUCCCUGCAAUACAGCAUGUUCCUGUCAGCCAACCAUUCCAACACCGGCAACGCCGGGACGCCAUCAACCGCCGCAGCUGGUGGUGGCGGCGCCAAUGGCGGCGGCGGCGGCGCCGCCCCCAACUCCACACCUGUGACUGCCAUCGUAAUGGAGCUGUGUGAUGCGGGGUCGCUUGCGGACCUGUUGCGAGCGGGCGGGCUGCGGCGAAUGAUGAUGGCUCGCGAGCACGCCGCUGCAAUGGCCGCCAUGAGCAGCGCCGCCGUACUGCCGCCGCUGCCACCCAACGUCGGCAGCAGCGGCGGCGCCGCCUUCCUCGGCCACCAGCUGCCGUCGCUGGCGGCGGGACUGAUGCCGCCGUCGGCGCAGUCGGAGGCUGUCGCCGCCGCGGCGGCGGCGGCGGCGGCAGCAGUGGCAGCGGCAGAGGCAGGUCGGCUGCCCGAGGCGCUGCCGUCAGUCACGCUGCCCACGCAGCCGUCGGUGCAGCCGUCGCCGCUGUGGCGGCAAGGCGGCGGCGGCGGCGGCGGCGGCGGCGGCGGCGGCGGCGGCGGCGGCGGCGGCGGCGGCGGGUUCACAGGUGUGGCAGGAGCCGACCCGGGAAUCCAUGCCUCUCACUCUCAGGAGGCGGCCUCUCGUGGGUCCGACCAGCAGGGGCAAUCGGGGCCCGCGGCCUCCGGCGGCGGCGGCUCCGCUGCCGAUGCCCUGCUGCCGCCGAGCGCGGCGCCGGCGGCGCUGCCAAACGCGGCGUUGUCGCCGCAGCCGGCGGGACUGACGGGCUGGAGUACGUUAUCUGCGACCGGUACGACGUCUUGGGGCUCGGCGCUGGUCUACGAGUCCUCCAUCAACACUCGCCCCUCUCCCACCGCCUCCGACAAGCUCCAGUCCUUACAGGCGCAGAACGCGCUGCUGAACACCGGCGGUCACGGCGGCGGGAACGGCGGCAGCGGGAACGGCGGCGGUGGCUCGGCGCUCGCAUCAGCAGGGCUGGCCGGUGCCGCAGCCACUGCCAACGGCUACAGCCAAACGGUGCCGUUGCAGCAACCGCCUCCUGCCGAUGCAGGCGCUGCAGCCGGCGCCGCUACAGCUGUCAGCAUCAAAGUUGUACCCAAUAAAAUUGGCGGCGGCGGCGGCAGUAGCAGCAGCGCGGAGGGCUCAACAGGCGGCGGCGCCUGUACUGAUCAGGGCCCGCCGCAGCUUACUAAGCACGAUGACUUGCACCAGGUCCCUGCUACAGCCGCCGUGGUCGCCACCGCCGCCGCCGUAGAUGCUACAGCCGCCUCGGGUGCCACGGCGCCGCCGCCGGCACAGCACUUGCUCCUGCCCAGCGGCGGCAGCAGCACCGCCGCCGCCGAGGCGGCAGCGGCGCUGGUGGCGCGUGGUCAGGCGGCGCGGGUGUGUCAGGGCGUGCCUGUGGGCAUCCUGUCAACCGCUCAGCCUUGCGCCCGACGUGCCUCGGCGUCUCUGAACGCCAGCAUGUCCCUGCUGACGCUGGCCGCGGGGCCGCCAGCCCUGACGGAAGCCGAAGCCGAAGCGGCGGAGGCGGCGGAGGUUGGCGGCGGCAGCGGCGGCGCCAGCCAGCGGCUGUCACCGACCGGUUCUGUCUCGCUCUCGCUGCGACACAGUGGGUCGGGCCGCGGCGCCGGCACCGGCGCCGGAACGCAACAGCAACAGCAACAGCAGCAGCUGGCAGUGAUUGGUGAGGGGGAGGGUGCAGCUAACGUCGCCUCGCCUUUCGUCGCGCCGGCGCUGACGUCAGCAGCAUCAGCGCCUGGCAGCGGCGCCGGCGCCGGCGGCGGCGCCGCCCGUGCGCUGGCGGGCUGGGGACCGCCGCAGCGCGCCCCCAGCGGCAGCCUGGCGGUGACGUACCUCAACACCGCCACGUCAUCUCCCACCGUGCCGUACGGCGCCGUACAUCAGCAGUACUCGCCGGCGGCGCCGUACUUCAUCGCCCCUGGCGCCGGCGGCGCGUACGGCGUUUCCGCCGCCGGUGCGCAGCCGCAACCGUACGGCCACGCCUUUCCCAGCUACGGUUACGGUUACGGUUACGGCGUGCCCCCAUCGGGACCCAUGGGCAGGAGGCUGGGCGCGGCAGGGGCGGCGCCGUCCGGAUCGCGGGCGCUGCACGGGCUGCCCAUGGCUUCUGGCACCCUCGCCAGCUUCGGUGGCGUGGGGGGGCCGGGCAUGGUGGGGAUGGGUGGCCUGGGUGUUCACCUGCUGGUUCCGCCCGUGCCCGCCACGCCACGCACGUUCGAGGCGCUGCGGCAGUACCUGUCUGCCAACUCGGCGCCGCCGCCGGCUGCCGCCGCUGCGGGUCCGGCGGCGCGUGGUCACGGCGGCCGCCUAGGCGCCGCAGGCGCCGCCACCGCCGCCGCAGGAGGCGGAGCCGGAGGCGGAGCCGGAGGCGGCUCAGCGGGUGGUGGUGGUGUAGGAGGCAAUGGAGGUGGUGGUGGUGGUGGGCUGCAGACGUCGUGGGCGGAGGCGGACCGGCUGGACUUCAAGCCGGUGCUGCAGGUGGUGUUGGAGCUGGCCAGUGCGCUGGGGCACCUGCACUCGCUGAGGCUGGCGCACUGCGACGUCAAGCCUUCAAACGUGCUUCUCAAGAGCUCCGCCACAGACCCGCGCGGCUGGACCUGCAAACUGAGCGAUUUCGGCUGUGUGCGGCUGCUGCGAUACGAGGACUCCGUACCCGUGUACGGCGGCGGAGGCGGCGGUGGCGACGACUCCGGUUUCCACCUUGCACACUUGGUGCCGUCGCAAGGAGUGGCGACACCCACGCCAUCAUCUCCGUACACGGGGCCCAACCUGCUCUUCGGCGGCGGUGGCGGCACUGACGGUGGCGGCGGCGGCACCGGUGGCACCGGCGGCACCAACAGCGAGAGCGUCGCCGCCGCGGUGGCGGGUGCCAGUGUCGCUGGUACUGAAGCCGGCGCCGGCGCCGGCGUCAGCAGCUCGCAUGGCGGCAAGCAUUCCGGCAGCGCCCAGACUGCCCACAGCCAAAGCCAGAGCCAGAGCCAGAGCCACACAGACAACAGUGCGACUGUGGCGACGCUGGACAGUGUGGUUGAGGCGGCGGCGGCCCUGGCGCGGCGGCGCGGCGGGGGCAGCGGCACCCUGCCUGCCAACGCCGGCAGCACGGGUGCCGGCAGCGCCGGCGGCGCCGGCGGCGUGUCGACAUUGUUUGGCACGCCCGGCAGUAGCAGCACACCGGGACACAGCGUCCGACUGCUGACAGCCACCCACUCGUUCCCUGCCACUGGCACGGCCGCGGCAGUAGCUCCUGGCGGCGCCGCCGCCGCCGCCACCACGGCCUCUCCCAUGUCAGCGCCGGUGUCUGCUACAGCCAGCGCCUCGCUGCCCGGCUGUAGCAGCGGCCCCGCCGCGGCUGUGGCGACGCACGCUCACAGCAAUAGUCUGGAUUGUCCUGAGGCCACCUUCAGAGGCACGAUGGCUGCUCCCCGCACGCUGUGGGCCGUGGGGCUCCGGCGUGGCAGCCAUAGUGGGCUGCUGCCGACACCCUCGCAGCCGCAGCAACAGCCGCAGUCGCAGUCGCAGCGGUCGCAGCAGGCGGCGGGUGGCGGUGGUGGCGGUGGCGGCGGUGGCACGGGCGCUGCAAUGGUGCCAACUUUCGACGGCUCAGACUUCAUUGGCUCUGUGCAAUACAUGGCGCCCGAGCUGCUGCGUCGAGAGCGUAAGUGCACCGCGGCGGUCGACGUGUACAGCUUGGGCGUCCUGAUGUGGGAGUUGGUGGCCGACGGCGCGCAGCCCUACGCCGGCCUCACACGGCGCCUGCCGGCCUCGCUUGUGGAGGGCAUCUGCGCGGGGCUGCGGCCGGCGUUUGGCGACAGCGUCCCAGACUGGUACAGGCGCAUGGUGGAGGCGUGCUGGGCCGGCAGUCCCGCCGAACGCCCCACCGCAGCCGAGGUGGUGGUGGCUGCCAGGCGGCUGCUGGAGGCGAUGGCGAUGGGCAUGCACCCGGCGGUGGUGGCAGGCGGCGCGCCCUUCCCGCUGGGAGGCGGCGGAGGCGGGGGUGCAGGCGGGGGUGGCGGCGUGUCGGUCGGGCUGUGACAGGAGCAGACAGCAUUGCCAAGGCAUCAGCCGUGCGGCAGGACUGCACGUACCCGGCAUGUGGUGUUCGCCAGCUAGUCCUGGCGUGGCAUGGCGGCGUAUGGGAAGGGGGAGGCAGAUACCGCGAGUGCCCACGCACACACAUUGUCUGCGCGUGCACGUCUUCGGUUCCCAAAUGCAUGCACGCUUGCGUUUAGGCAACGUUGGGAGGAAGACGACGAAAUAUGUGAGCUGUUGAGGGCAUUCUGUGCGAGUCACUCAUGGCCCAUGGAUGCCUUGGCUACUGAAUUGAUGCGACUUUUGGGAAAUCCUGGAAUGCCUGAAAGGCAUGUGAACUCUCUUGAACUGCCUUACUGUUUAGGCUCAUGCACACGUGCACCGAGGUAAUGCGUAAGCCUGCCUCAAUCGCAGAUGGGAAUUCAGGUUUGUGUGGGAUUGCAGGUAUGGGUACACGGUCACACAAUUACAUUCACCCUGAUCGUCCUUUCUUUUGCUGCGUUUGUUCCUUAUGCUUGUUACCCCGUGCCGUGCGCACCAUUCCGUAGCCUCAUAGGCCUUGGCGUGUGCACUGCUUCUGAGAUGGCUGGAUUCUGUUCAUACAUAUAAUAUGCUACAUCCGCCGCCGCUGCCGGCCUGGUUAUCAACAGCAAGACGAAUCUCACAAGGCUGGUGGGGCUGCAGGUCGGAUCGCGACAGAGCUGAAUCAACCUUCAUCCUAUGUGCUAGCAUUGUCUCGGCCGGCCGGUCGGACGGUUGCGAGGAGAUUGUGAGCUGCGAUCGAAGCAAUGAGCUGACAAAGCCGUAAAGCUCUUACACGUUUGGGCCGUGCUGCGAGGCUACCGUAGAGGGAUGGAGGCAGUGUGCCGCGGCCGAUUUCAACAAACUGAAGACCAGGGAUGUGUGCUGCAUGCACGGGGGAUUGCUAGUGGUCUGGUUGGAGUGCCCCCAGGUGCGCCAGCUGCCCUGACACACAGCCGGAGUGUCGGCAGCUGCGUUGGCGGGGCAGAGGCAGUAGGGCUGUCUUGGCAUGUUUGGGAUGCUCGUAAGCACCGUGGCCCGUGCGUGGACAUGAUUGCAGUGCCCUGCGGGUUGCUGUCAGGGCUAGUGCCGGUCGUUACGGUGCCAUGUGCAGCCCAGUGCCCAGGGCGUUCCUUAAAGCUUCUCACGGCAUUCGCGAUGCAGUUGCGCGGAUGGUGACCCUGCAUGAACACACGGUUACUUGUGACUGCGGUGGCGCAUCAGGGCCAACCGUAGCGACAUUCCACGUAUGGCUCGGCAACCGACCCUAGUCGGCGCCGGCGGCAUUGUGAGCGGUGGCGCGAGGGGCCGUGGGCCCGAACCACGCCCACGCAUGAGAGGCAUGCACGCACAUACCGUAUCAGCAAGUUUGCCGACACCAUAUGGAUGUUUGGUUGUCGUGUUGGGUCUUGGAGGUGGAUGGCAUGUUUGUCGUUCAAAGAGGGUACCAUACGUGUGGGGCUGAGCCCCCCACGCGCAGCCAAGCGCGCAGCGAUUCAGUUCAGCGGCAGUUGGGCGUGCACGGGGCGCUGUGAGCACGGUCAUGGUCGCGGCUUGUGUUUCCGGUCCGAGCUCACUGGCUCAGUCCGAGGGCGUGGGUUGGGUCGUGCGCGCCCGGCCCUGGUGUCGUGUUAGCCGUGACGCCGCCGGGCCCCUGACGGCUUGGGUUGUGUGGGCCCAAGUGUGGGCCCUCCAGCCUACACGGCGACACUUGAGUACGUGCAGCUAGGGUCGACUUGCCGGCUGGACUGAAGCGAUGCUGCCCAAUGUGUUCGAACUGGCGGUGCAAAUUUCCGGCGAAUGGGCCGGAGUUUUGGCCGGAAUUUUGGGCAAACUUCCGGGCCCCUAUCCCGGAAAUAUCCUGUGCCAGUGUCCCACAGUGCCCAGUGUCCCAGGGCGGUUGUCAGCGGCUGUCCCUGCGUUUAAGCUCGGGAUGAGGCCUGUGACUCUGUUGGCGGAGUGUGAUUGCAAGCGUGCCCCCCCCCAACCCGGCUGGUGUGUGUGGAUUCGGCCUGGCUCCUGUCGCUCCUGCUGUGAGCAUGCCGCCCCGUCCGAACCCCUGUCCCCCACCGCCUGAACACGGGAGGAUUGCACGGCUGAGUACCAAAGCAGCUGCGCGCGACUGGGGAAUGCGGAUGGCUUACACAGUUGCGCCCUAUGCAUAGUUCCCCGUACCGUACCUAUAUAGCGUGCUUUCGUUGAUUCAUAACGCGCAACUCAAACAGAAGAGGGCACACCCAAGCAGCAGUGGUGCCGCGUGUACUUUGCACGUGCGGCGUACGGCGCGGCAGUCCUCGCAACUACCAACACUUUAACUGACACACGGGGAUCUCAAACGGGCUUUCGCGCAACUGCCACCGAACAGGGGCGGUGCGUGGCGUGGUGGUUGGCGCGCGGCGCGAGUGGGAGCUGACAGUUGCGCGGGGGCGCGUGUGGGAAGCUGCUGUGGAGUACGGCGGAGCUCUGCGGGCUGUGGCGGUUGGCGCGCAGCGCGAGUGGGAGUGCGUAGUUGGACAGCGAGGCGUGUGGGAAGCUGCAACAGAGUACGGCAGGGCUUAGCGGAGGCUGGUGGUUCGUUGGCGCGCAGCGCGAGUGGGAGUGCAUAGUCGUGCGCGUGCCGUUUGGGAAGCUGCGUGUGAGCUGCGUGUAAACUCAGAGAGAC